AUGAAUUCGAGUGAUUAUUUAGACUACACAAAUUAUCCAGAAUACAAAACUGGUGUUUAUAUUUGGAAAAUUCUUCCGCCAAUUCUUAUUAUACUCGGGACAACUGGUAACAUUUUAUCAAUUAUAGUACUGCGGAGGAAAAACAUUCAAAAGUCGGUAUGUAGUAUAUAUCUGAUAGUUCUAGCAGUUUCUGAUCUUUCAGUUUUAUAUACCGGACUUUUACGACAGUGGAUUAAUGUAGUGUUUGAAGUUGACAUACGUGAGUUGGGAACUGGUAUUUGUAAACUGCAUACAUACAUCGUUUAUUUCUCUCUGGAUUUUUCAUCAUGGAUCCUGAUGGCUGUCACGGUGGAACGUGUUUUUCUUGUUUGGUUCCCACAAAAAGCCAAAAUAGAAUGCACCAAGCGAAAAGCUGGAAUAAGUUUGAUUGCCAUUGCAGCUUUUUUAUUGUUGAUCAACAGUCACAUUCUUUAUGGUCAUGUAGAUAAGGAAUCAAUGGUUAAUGGCACAGUUUCGGUUGAAAAAUGUUACUAUAUUUCCGAUGAGUACAAUCAGUUUUGGAGCGCAUCAUGGCCAUGGAUUGAUCUAUCCUUAUUCUGUGGCAUACCAUUCUGUUGCUUAUUGACAGGAAAUCUUCUUAUAUUUGUCAAAGUAUUGUCUUCACAAAGAGCUGUUAAGCGUCGGAUUGCUCCUUCUUCGCAAACGCCUGGAUCAAAGGCUCAACAGAGGGAUUCGAAAUUAUCGUCGAUGAGUGUCAUACUGUUCACCCUUAACACGGUUUUUCUAUUGUGUACCACGCCAAUAAGCGUCUAUUUGAUUGGCUAUUCGAAAUGGGAGAAAGAAUUAGUAGGAAGAGGUUAUGCCGUCCUAGACAUGGUGUGGGCUAUUGUUAAUGUUCUUAUGUAUCUUAAUAACAGCAUCAAUUUCCUUUUGUACAUUUUGAGUGGAAGUAGAUUUAGGCGUGAGUUCAAAGACAUGUUUCGGAGAAAAAAUAAUGAAACAGUAACAGUUCGUAAUGAUAGUAUCACUAGAAUGAACCAUCUUACAGCAAUUCAAAGCAACAGGGAAGAACCACAUAUGACACACGUGCAAGUUUUUCAUACGUCAGCAUAAUUGUGAAAAACCUAAUAGAACUUUGUUUUGCGACAAUCAUGACUUUUGUUAAAUAUAUUUUAAUGGCGUUUUAUAUAAUCAUAAUCAAAAGUAAAUCGUGUUCAUAUUUUUAUUGUAUAUUAUAUCUGGGUUGAUCUCCCAAUUUUGUCGAUAUAACGGAACAGUAAACAACUGUCAUACACGUGGGAGAUUAAGCUAGCUAUAAAACCAGGUUUAACCUACCAUUUUCUUCGGAAAAUGCCUGUUUCAUGUCAGGAAUAUGACAGUUGUUUUUCACUGUUCCGUUGGUUGAUAACGUUAGAUUUUGUUAGUUUUUAUGGACUUCCCCUUUUUGAAUUAACCUUGGAGUUCGGUAUUUUUGUUAUACUUUUUGUCCCUCAUCGCCAACUUUUAAUUUGACUUUUUACAAGGAAAAGAUGUAUGUUAUCAAUCGUGCGAUUAUUGCUCUCUGUUAUGUUGGAUAUAUAACUAUCCUGGUUUGAUUCCAUUAAUAUCGAUUUAGGACAAAUGUAAUGUGUUUGAAGCUUGACCCUUCGUAAAACGUUGAUUUUACUGUCGCAAAUUGUGUUUAACCUAGCGAUGCCUAUCGGAACUUGGUAAACGGAUAUUUGCGAUAGUAAAAUCAAGUUUUACGAAAGCCAAGCUUAACUUACAAUACAACUAUUUCAAUAAUAAUGAGAAAUAUCAAAAUAAAUUCCAUUUCAGUAAAUAUUUUGGCUUAAAAAUGCAAUACUGGUUUACUUUUAUAAAUUUUGACUUGGAUGGAGAGUUGUCUUAUUGGUACUCAUACCACAUCUUCUUAAAUCUAAUAAAUGAAAAAGUCAGCAAAAUUUCACAUCAUUUUUUGCAUCAAAACAAUUUAAAGUCAUAGUUAUACUCCCGAUGUCAAACAAAAGCAAAAGACGAGUAUAUACUUUUUGUACGCUUCUGAAUGGUUUGAAUAUUGACAAAAAAAAGGUUUUUUAAGGCACAAAAUGUGACCGUUUUGCUUAUUUUUUUUAAGAAAUCACAUACCACAAAAAAAAAUCGGAAUUCAAAAUGGUGGCUCUCCUUAGUUACGGACUGGUAGAACGUGGAAUCUAACCUUUCAAAAUAUUUGUCAACGUACAAUGAAAAUUAUCCUUCCAACUAAAUUGAAAUAGAAUCGUCCUGAAAGGACUUAUCAUUUGCUACAUAGAUAUAUAUCUAUGGUCUUUCCAACAAACGGAAAAUCUCGAUUUUAUUUACGACGAGUUACUGUCACAUUCGUGAAAUAAUCUUAUCUUUUUAUAUAUUACCCAGGCCUUUUUUUUUCAUUUUUUCUAUCUUUUUUUUCUUUUAUUUCAAUGAGGAGAUAAUAAAAGCUAACAAAUCUAACCUAAUCCCACCAAAACUAUCUGAAUUUUAUAAAUAAUUGCGACUUUUUUGCACG